GCGCGCACGCGGGCGCGUCCUCCCACACACCUCCACCUUUACCUCCGCUCUCCGCUCCCUUCCCCCUCCAAAACACCCUCCCGCGGGGUGGGACGGGGGCGGAGGCGGGGAGGUCCCUUCCGGGGGCUGGGAACUCUAGGGGCCGCGUCACGCCUGGCUCAGCCCCCGCGGCUCCUCCUCCUCCUCCUCCUCCUCCCCGCUCCGGGCACUCCUGUCUCCGCCCGCCCAGUGGGGAGGGGGGGGGGGCAGCCAGAGACCCAGACGGCCUGGGCGACUCCUCCGGGAAACUCCGUGGCCGUGGCUGGGGAAGGAAGAAGGCAGCCCUGCCUGCGCCGCUGCCCGCUGCCCCCCGCCCCUCACCGGGGUGGGUCACCCCACCACCCCUGCUGAGAAAGGGUGGGAAGGAAGGAAGCAGCCGCGGGGGGCACCAUGUUCUCCAAGCCGCCCCGACCCACCUUCAGGUCCUACCUCCUGCCGCCGGCGCCGCCACCUCAGGAUGAAGAGAAGAGGAAUCCUGAGCCCAAGAUUAAAAAGCUGGAACCAGUGCUUUUGCCAGGAGAAAUAGUUGUAAAUGAAGUCAAUUUUGUGAGGAAAUGCAUUGCAACAGACACAAGUCAGUAUGAUCUUUGGGGAAAGCUGAUAUGCAGUAAUUUCAAAAUUUCAUUUAUUACAGAUGAUCCAAUGCCAUUUCAGAAAUUUCAUUAUAAAAACCUUCUCCUUGGUGAACAUGACGUCCCUUUAACAUGUAUUGAGCAAAUAGUAACAGUAAAUGACAAUAAAAGGAAACAGAAGAUCCUAGGCCCCAACCAGAAACUCAAAUUUAAUCCAACAGAACUAAUUAUUUAUUGCAAAGAUUUCAGAAUUGUUCGAUUUCGCUUUGAUGAAGCAGGUCCUGAAAGUGCCAAAAAGGUGUGCCUUGCGAUAGCUCAUUAUUCUCAGCCAACAGAUCUCCAGCUACUCUUUGCAUUUGAAUACGUUGGGGAAAAGUACCACAAUCUGGCUAAAAACAUUAAUGGAAUAGACCCUGGAGGUGGAGGAGUAACUGGUGGUAGUAGUCAAAAAACUCCUUUAUUUGAAACUUUCUCUGAUUGGGAUAGAGAAAUCAAGAGGACAGGUGCUGCAGAAUGGAGAGUUUGUUCAAUUAAUGAGGGCUACAUGAUAUCUACCUGCCUUCCAGAAUACUUUGUAGUUCCAUCUUCUUUGGCAGAUCAAGAUCUAAAGCUCUAUUCUCAUUCUUUUAUUGGAAGACGAAUGCCAUUAUGGUGCUGGAAUCACUCUAAUGGUAGUGCUCUUAUAAGAAUGGCCCUCAUAAAAGAUGUAUUGCAACAGAAAAAAAUAGAUCAAAGGAUUUGUAAUGCAAUAACUAAAAGUCAUCCACAGAGGAGUGAUGUUUACAAAUCUGAUUUGGAUAAGAAUUUACCCAAUAUUCAAGAAAUACAAGCUGCCUUUGUAAAACUUAAGCAACUGUGUGUUAAUGAACCUUUUGAAGAAACAGAUGAGAAAUGGUUGUCCUCACUGGAAAGUACUCGGUGGUUAGAAUAUGUAAGAGCUUUCUUAAAGCAUUCUGCUGAACUUGUAUAUGUGCUGGAAAGUAAACAUCUGUCAGUAAUCCUUCAAGAGGAAGAAGGAAGGGACCUGAGUUGUUUUGUAGCUUCUCUCGUACAAGUGAUGCUGGAUCCUUAUUUUCGAACAAUUAUUGGAUUUCAAAGUCUGAUACAGAAAGAAUGGGUCAUGGCAGGAUAUCAAUUCCUAGACAGAUGUAACCAUUUAAAGAGGUCUGAGAAAGAGUCUCCCUUAUUCCUGUUAUUUCUGGACUCCAUCUGGCAGCUGUUAGAACAAUAUCCAGCAGCCUUUGAAUUUUCAGAAACUUACUUAACAGUGCUGUAUGACAGUACACGGAUCUCAUUGUUUGGCACUUUUCUUUUCAAUUGUCCUCAUCAACGAGUAAAACAAAGCACAGAAUUUGCUAUUAGCAAAAAUAUACAACUGGGUGACGAAAAGGGCUUAAAAUUUCCUUCUGUUUGGGACUGGUCUCUUCAGUUUACAGCAAAGGAUCGCACCCUUUUUAACAACCCCUUGUACAUUGGAAAGAGUGCACCACGUGUACAAAAUGGGUCAGUGAAAUCAUUUAAACGGACAAAGAAAAAUUAUAGCUCUACGUUGAGAGGAAUGCCACCUUCCUUUAAGAAUGGAAUCAUCAGUGACCAAGAUUUGCUUCCAAGGAGAAAUUCACUAAUACUGAAAUUGAAGACAGAUCUUCAGCAAACUGACAGCCAGAGCACUGAUAUGGAGCAAUAUUUUAGAGACUGGUUUUCAAAACCUGUUGACCUGCAUGGUGUAAUUCUGCCCCGCCUCUCUGGAAUACACAUAAAACUGUGGAAACUCUGCUACUUCCGUUGGGUUCCAGAGGCCCAGAUUAAUAAUGGCGGCUUCAUUACAGCAUUUCACAGAGUAUCUCUAUUGGCAGAUGAAAUAGAUAUGCUCAGCAGGAGUCUUCGACAGUACAAGAGCAGUCCCAUGCAAGCUAGCUCUUCAGAACUGGAUCAGAGUAGAAUAUACUUUAGAGCAAAUGGUCUAAAUGAUACAUCUGGGACUCCGGAGUUUCUUUCCUCUUCAUUUCCAUUUUCACCCAUAGGGAAUCUUUGCAGAAGAAGCAUUUUAGGAACACCAUUAAGCAAAUUUUUAAGUGGUGCCAAAAUAUGGUUGUCUACUGAGACUCUAGCAAAUGAGGACUAAAAUGUAGUAUUUUCUGAACAUUUGGGAGAAAAUGGUAAAUCUUUUUCCUCCAAGUUAACACUGCUAACUGUGGCAUCCGAAGCUGUAAUAAUUUCAUAUACAAGAAUAAUAGUUGAAUUUUGCACAAAUAUUUAAAAGCAAACUGAAUCAUGCUUCAAUCGCACAAUUUUCAAAGUAGGCAUAAACCUUGGUUUUGAUUUUUUUUCUCCUGAAUUUCAUAGGUCUGGGCUUAUUUUCAGGUGAUGUGCAAGCAAAAAUUUCAUUUACUAAUUUAGAAGAUGAAUAUGAUUAUGCUAAUCAGAUUAUUUUUUUUGCUGCAUCUCUUUUCCAACCACCAAAUGAGGUUUCUCUGAUUAGCAAUUCAAGGAAGCAAAAGCAAAUAUUUUUAAAAAUCUAGAGUAACCAUAUUGCCAAAAAUAAGUUGACAAGUGUGGGAGCAAAACUUUGAAACUAGGCUUUAGUGUUUCUAUAUUUACAUACUUCUCUAGUUAUGUUAUCUCUAAUUGGUUUCAACUAAUGCUUAUAUUAGUGCACUGUGAUCAUAAUUUAUUUUUCAAAUCAUCGUGUUAAAGAAUCUUUAGAACAGGGUUUUUAAAUUUCGUGAGCUUCCCUUUACUACACAGGAACUAACUUUAAAAUGAUAUGCACUGUUAAUCGUAAAAUGUUUGCUGUAGAUAAUAUAAUUAUAGCCUUAGAAGUGCCUUUAAUUGAAAUGAACUUUAAGAUAUGUAUACUACACAGUGAAAUGUAAUUUCCUUUUAAAUAGGAUGUUAAAAUCGUAAUGUGUAUUGUAAACAUCAUUUUGAUAUUCAGAUUCAUAAAACUAACUGGAAAUCAGCAAAGCCAUUAUUUGGACCUUUAAACAGCAUAGAGCAUUAAGUGCCAGUAUAUAUAUGGAAUGCCUUUGAUAGUGUCAUUUAGAAUGAACCUUUAUUUAGAAAGAUCUUGGCAGAAAGAUUUUAUUUCAGUUUUACUAAGUCAUUGUCACAGAAUGAAGUGUUUCUUUUUCUGUUAUGCUAAUUGUUCAUUUUUAUAUUGGGAAAAAUUCAGUAUAUGCUGUGAAGAUUCAAAUUUUGGUUUUUCCCUCUGGAAGGAAUAUCUGCAAUCCUAAGGAAAAGGAAGUAUUCAUUCUAUGUGUCACUGGCAUUUUGAUAAAUUUAAUUUUUGAUACAUUUUUUGAUGUCUUAUUAGAAGAAUUCAGAUCACCUAGUCAGAUAACAGGUCUAAAUAGUCAACCAAGGAUAAACAAAUUUGGGUCCAAAGGACCAGAGUGGAAGACACAAGAUUUCUUAAAUGCUACUGCUAACUUUGAGCAGGGAAGAGAGAGCCUUUUUUCCGAUGUGCAACUAUUUUUGUCAGAAACAUUGUGAGAAAAGAGACAAAAGUGAAAGAGGAUUAUGGAAAUAGGGACACAGAAGUGCACUUCACAUUUGUUUGGGGGUAUUUUGUUCCAGCCCCCUAAUUAAACUAUUGUAAUAUGCACAUAUUCAUUGCAAUAGCAUUAAUACCCCAGCCUUUCUAGCAGUGGCUUAAACCUUAGCCAAAGAUGUGUUUGAGUUGAAGCUUUGGGUACAAGAGCUCUAAUAUAGGAUCCUGAUUUUGAGGUUUUUUUCUACACUUCUUCCCUCUCUCCUCACUCCCUGUUUAAACAGUUUUUUUUUCUUAAAAAGUAGCCAAAUUGUUUACAGUUUCUUAAACUGCCAACUCAUUUGGGAUCUUUAAAAUUUUGACUAAGUAAAAUAACUAACUAGUCAGUAUAUUUCACUUUGAAAAAGUGACUACUGCCCAGGAACAAUAAAUUUUUGCAUUUUUUAAAGGUUUUCUAAGAUUGUGUUGUAUCUAUAUAUUUAAUGAGUAGCUGUUUCUAUUUGAUGAAUAAUUUGCCUUUUUACAAAAUUGUUUGAAUGGUAAUUGCUUCUUGGAUUGAAGAAGCAGAAAUGUUUUUAUAACUUGUCUUAAGAAUUUUGUCUUGUUUAUAAAGUCAAGGUUUUCCUAGCCUGUUGGAUAUAAAAAUAAGGGUUACUGUUAGUUUAUAUUGGAACCUUUUUGUUAUGUAAAUAUUUGUAAUAGCUUAUUGAUUGAAAAUCAGUUCUUAGUCCCUUAAAGUGCUGUCCAUUUCCUUUCCAUUUGUUCCAAGCUGUUUCCUCCCUGUUUUUGAAGCUGCUUCAUUGUUAACAUGUAGACUGUUAUGAAUUCAAACAUUGGAUUUAACUAAUUUUCUAUAGUUGUCUCCCCUUAGCCAUACAUUUCUUUUAACUUUAAAAAAAAUUUUUUUUACAAAUUUUAAAAUUAGGUACUAAUACUGAUUUAUAAAGAUAAAAAAAUCUUUAUAUGAGCUUAUUUUUAUAUCAUUUUCUAGUGAAAAUCUGCAUUGGUUCUCAUUGGUCUGUUACAAUGAUUAUUGUGCCAUAUUAUAUUGUACACAGAAUUAACAACUGCUGAAAUUUUAAAUCCGGCAAUUAAGAGUGGGUGAAAUGAAGCUGCAUUUAGCUACAGCUAACAAGAAAUGAUGCGAUUGCAACUACAGUAAAUAUACUGUACCAAAGAAGUCUGUAAUAAUGGAGAAUCCCAUAUGAACAUUCUGAUAAACCUCCUUAUUUUUUACAAUAAUUGUGCCAAUGUACUUUCAGUGAUAUUACUUAAACAUGUAUAGUGCCUGGCCAUUUAUUCUCAGAUGGAAAUUUAUAUUAAAACCAAAAAUAUUUCUAAACUUUUAUUUAAGUAAAAGAUGACUUGUCCCAAAUUAAUAGGUGAAAACUAUUCCACAGAUCUUUUAGUUAUAGUAACUGCUUAUAGCAGUAAACUCAGUUUUGUAAAAAUUGAUAUUAAGUGAAAUCUGAAACCUUUGUGCCUAACAAUGACUGUUACUUGAGUUAAGUAGGAUUUGGCAGGAAUAUUAGAAAUCUUGUCAGUAAGAGGCAAUGAAUGUGAAGGAGAUCUUGAUUAUUGAAUAAAGUUUUAUCUUUCCUCAGUGA